CCCAUUACUCCGCUUUUGGACCUGCCCCUCCCAACUUCCGUGUCCAACGGUUCUCGCAUACCAACCAGCGAAUCCCAAAGCCAAGAUACAUGGAUAUGUCUGUGAAGAAUGCUCGCCCCAAGUUUGAGCAUCCGCUCUCCCCGGAAGGGCUUGAACAGAAGCCAAAUACUCAGCCUGAGUUUGAAUAUAAUAGGGCUCCACCUAUUGGAUUUUUCAACCCCUUUGUCUACAAGGCCGGCGAUUGCACCUGGAAGGGGAAUAAUACUUGGACUGGACCUCAGGGUUGGGUAGAUGCUCUUGCCCAUGCCCUCCGAGCUGAAAGAGUAACCAUUCGAGACAGUCCCAUCACACCAGCGAUGAUCCGCGAAGCUGUGAGGCGACGUAAGCUGUCCAAGCCGUCUGAGUUCAAUGAACCCAAAACUCUCUGUUGCACGGCCCGGCUGAUCGCGAACUAUACAUUUUCGAUGGUGAGCGCGAAUGCGCGUAUGCUCUCCGUGCCAUGGGACUUCCAUUCAGUCUGGUUAUUGUAUGCCCGGUCAUACUAA